AUGGAUAACGAAGUGUUUGAUAACGUGAAAUUUGAGAAAGCGAAAGCAGUUGCUAGGUAUAAUCGUUUUCAAAAUAUGAUGAAGAUGCUACAAAUUUUUGAAGUACUAGUAGCGGUUGUAUUAAUUUCCUGGUCCUGGACACGUAUUCCAGUGGCCGUUAAACUUUCCGGCCGGUUUUUCGUUCAAUUGUCAUCUCAUCUCUUCAAACCACACGUCGUUUUCCUAAUCGGAAACGCGAUUAUCGUUGCAAUCGUCGUUUUAUGCCGUCAAAACGACGCCAUAAACAACAGCAACAAUUCGGAUACUGAUGAUAUCCAAAUUGAAGAAAUUCAUAAUACGGAAAUUCAACGACAGAUCGUACCGGAUUUAACAACGGAACCUAAUGUAACAACAACAAUAACGGAAGACAAACAGAUCAUACCUGAACCGCAAUGCAAUGACGCGGCAACAGCAAUUGAUAAAGCAACGAAGCAGAUACAGAAGUUUAAAAGGACUCAAUCAGAGAAAUUGAAACGUCAAAUUACGGCGAAUCAACCGAAACGAGGACUACGGCGAUCGGAAACUGAUAUGAGGAGGAUAGUUAGGAAACCAACGGUUGAAGUUGAGGAAGUUGAAACAUUGAGUAAUGAAGAAUUUCGGGAUACAAUUGAAGCGUUUAUAAAGAAGAAUCAAAUCUUCUUUGAAAAACAGAGGUUAGCCGAAACAGAGCCUGAAAAGUAUGAACGAAUUGGAAUUGAAGCGUUUUGA